AGCGUCAUCUGGAGAAAGAGACAACAUGUCGACAAGUCGUUUGAAACUACUGGUGAAAAACGCGCAGCAAGUGCUCGUGAUUUGCAACAACGGCGAGAAAUACCUGACAAAAGGCAACAAUGACAUCGUCAUCCACGUCAUCCACGGUGCAAGUGUCGUCGUCGGCAGCGACGGGCUAAUUAAAGCGGUUGGCCCGCUUGAUGUGAUCGAAUCGGAGUAUUCGGAUGCUUCCUUCGAUCGUGUGAUUGACGCCACGGGGAUGUGUGUCUUGCCUGGCUUGGUUGACGCUCACACCCACCCCAUCUGGGCCGGCGACCGCGUGCACGAGUUUGCCAUGAAGCUGGCGGGCGCCACCUACAUGGACGUGCACCGAGCAGGGGGCGGCAUCCACUUCACAGUGGAGCGCACACGGGCGGCCGCCGCCUAUGACCUCCUGGCCUCGCUGAGCGGCAGGCUGGAGCGCAUGCGGCGGGCCGGCACCACGCUGGUGGAGGUCAAGAGCGGCUACGGCCUGGAUCUGCCCACCGAGAUGAAGAUGCUGGAGGUGAUGGAGGAAGCUCGCCGCACUCUGCCCAUCAGCAUCUCCGCCACGUACUGCGGCGCCCACGCCGUGCCCAAAGGGAAAAGUGUGGCAGAAGCCACCGAGGACAUCCUGCAGGUUCAACUUCCCGCAUUGAAGGAGCGCAUGGCAGCCGGGACGCUGCGGGUGGACAACAUCGACGUGUUCUGCGAGGAGGGAGUCUUCGACGUGCCCUCCACGCGCGCCAUCCUGCGGGCGGGCAUGGAGAUGGGUCUUAACGCCAACUUCCACGGAGACGAGCUGCAUCCCAUGAACGCCGCUCAGCUGGGGGCCGAGCUGGGAGCGUUGGCCGUCAGCCACCUGGAGGAAGUGACGGAGCAGGGCAUCGCCGCCAUGGCCCGGGCCAAGACGGCGGCCGUCCUGCUGCCGACCACAGCUUACAUCCUCAGGCUAGCCCAACCGCGGGCGCGCGCCAUGUUGGACGCGGGCGUGAUCGUGGCCCUGGGCAGCGACUUUAACCCCAACGCGUACUGCUGCUCCAUGCCCAUCGUCAUGCACCUGGCCUGCGUCAACAUGAGGAUGUCCAUGCCCGAGGCCUUGGCGGCGGCCACCAUCAACGCCGCCUACGCCCUCGGACGCUCGCACACGCACGGCUCGCUGGAGGCGGGAAAACACGGCGACCUGCUGGUCAUCAACGCCCCGCGGUGGGAGCAUCUCAUCUAUCAGCUGGGCGCGCAUCAGGAGCUCAUCCGCUUCGUGGUCGUCAAGGGCGACGUCGUCUACGACAACGACAAGACGCUGGCCUUGUGAAGAUCGUUGUGCUUGUACGCGGGGCAAAAAAAAAAAAACGGGAUCGGCUGUGUGCUUUUAUUGAACAUGUCAGGACACUCAAGAAAUACUUGUGGUACAAAAGUAACUGCUCAAAAGUAAUAAAUGGAUCCGUGUG